AUGACGAACUCUGUGGAAAAAGGAGAACUACCAUUCACAUUUUCAAAUCAGAAUCCAGACACAUCAAUGUUGUUUGACUGUUCAGAGAAGAAACAACUUGAAGCUGGGGUUCAGCUCAUCCCUUUUGGAUACGUGUGCGACACGAAAUAUGAUUGUAAAACGUAUCGAGACGAAAAUCUUUGUUUAUAUACAGACAAUAACUACUGUGCCAGCCGUCUCUUUUGUCCAGCCUCCCUGUGGUUUAACAAUGCAAGAGAUACGUGUCUAAAGAAAGAACAGAUUUGUGACGGCGUGCAAGACUGCCUGGACAGCAGUGAUGAGGAGAACUGUAUCGACUGUAUGGAGACCCUGACAGCAGAUGGGACGUGUUUACCCAGCUUGUGGUUUUACAACGGCUCUAAACCAUUCCAGCAACGCUACGUUCUUACUAGCAGAAAUUCUACAGAGUUCGGCGUCAAGGCAACAUGCCAUAAUAAAACGAUAUGUUUCCUUGACAACGAACCAGGCAAGCCUCUAACACAAUGCGAUAAGACAAAUGACUUGGAUUCAAAACUUGAGGGAGAACCAAAUAGUUGGGCACCAAGGUGUGUUUACCUUAGAGGUCGGAUAUCAAAACAGAUGUUUGGCUGCACUGAUCUAUCACACUUAGAAAACUGUGAAAGUUUUCAAUGUGGAGUGAGCUUUUUCAAAUGUGAUUUGUCCUACUGUAUACCAAUAUACCUGGUCAAUGACGGAAACAAAGACUGUCCUUUGGGUGACGAUGAACUGGAUUUUAUUUUGGAGGACAGGCAGAUAAUUACCGAUGACUUAGUCCCAUGUAGAAAACCUGGUACGUAUGUCCACACUGUCCACGUAUGUGAUGGCCGCGACCAAUGUGCAAAUCGCGAAGACGAGCUGCUGUGUCAUGAGAAAUGUCCGUCUGGUUUUACGUGUCUAUGGGGAGCUGCUCAAGUCACGAAUCACAGCGCAGUUGACUUCAUGCAACUUUUUCAGUCCAUUGACAAGAGAACAGCUGCAAUUAAAGCGUCAGGUCUAGACUUAUCUAAAGCUUACAUACCCCAAUCAACAACGUUACCAAAACUUUUAGAACUGUAUUUAUCAAAUUGUAAUCUCAACGACAAAAAUCUGAUGCAGCUUUUAGUUUCGUUUAAAAAUAGCCUCUACAACACUUACCUGCUUGACCUGAGCUACAACAAAAUCAACUUCAACAACUUUGAGAAGUUUUCUCCUUUUUUAAGAAAUCUGCACUAUUUAAAUUUAUCCCACACAUCUGUAAUUAAUGUUCAUGUACCAAUAUUUUUCAUUCCAAAUAUCCAUACCAUUGAUCUAUCCUUUACACCUCUUUUAUCUUUACGCCUUGCAUAUUCUAAAGAUAUCGCACUGAAAUAUUUAAAUCUUAGUUUUACCAAACUCAGUCAACCCGAUUGGUUUGAUCACAAUAUAACUAUUGAUAUUUUAGACUUAAAAAGCUCAUUGAUAUCCUUCAAUUCUAAAAACUCGCUGUUUUUCCAAAAAAUGACCAUUACAUCAGAAAUUCACGGGGAUAGCUACAAAUUAUGUUGUGAAAAAUUUAGAGGGCCGGGCAUAGCCGCACACCAGUGUUAUGCGCCAAGGGACGGUAUAUCUACAUGUGAAAAUCUGCUCAGCGAUUUAGUGAAACGUUCACUGAUAUGGGGCGUAUCUAUGCUUGGUACAAUCGGCAAUGCGGUCACAAUAAGUUACAGACUGUUGUAUGAAAAAAGUAUUUUUAAACAGGGCUAUAGGCUGUUUGUGACAAACCUGGGCUUUUCAGAUCUGUUAAUGAGCGUUUACCUGAUGAUCAUAGCAGGAGCUGAUGUUUACCACCGUGACAACUACGUGCUGUUUGACACAGAAUGGCGAGACAGUUCAUUUUGUAAAGCCGCUGGAUUCCUCGCUACCCUCUCGAGUGAGAGCUCUACUGUCUUCGUGUUACUCAUUACAUUUGACAGGUAUUUGAUCUUUAGGGACCCCUUGAAACAGGUUAAGUUCUCCCCUAAAGUUUUGAAACUGAUCUUAGCUGUGGUCUGGACACUUUCCUCCAGCAUUUCUCUGAUUCCACUCAUCUUUCCAGACUGGCAAGUUUUCUCUUCAAGUUCUGUUUGUCUUGGACUUCCUAUCAAUUUAAAACACGAGCUAGGCCGGAUGUUUUCAUUGACUCUCUACAUCAUUGUCAACACUCUGUUGAUUCUUCUUAUAAUUAUAGGCCAAUGUGUGAUCUUUAAAAGUAUCUAUUCUUCCAACUCCAUGAUCAACACGUCAGUCCAGAGAAAACGUGAGAUCACAGUCGCACAAAAUCUCUCCCUGAUUGUCCUGUCCAACAUCCUCUGCUGGCUGCCCAUCUGUGUCGUUGGUCUCAUGGCAUUCGCUGGUCAGACAUUUAGCCCAGACACGCAUGGCUGGCUGGCUAUCAUAGCCCUACCCCUCAACUCAGCUGUCAAUCCAAUAGCUUACACUUUACCGAUUGCUUACGAAAAGUUUCAAGCAUGGAAGCAAGAUAUCAAACUGGAAUAA